GGUUAUACUUGAAACAAAACAGUGUGAACAACAUUUAUAGCUUCCACCCUCACCCUCUCCAGAAUCCAGCGACCACCUGGCACAACCCCUGCCCCACUCACCUCCAUCCUCUCCGGUGACCGUCCCCGCUCCGGCGCUCCACCUCCGGCCGUCAACGCGCUUCUCUGGCCAGCCUCAUUCUCUCACAUCUCAGGUAGUAUGCAGAAGAAUAUUUCAAGUUUUUUUCCAAAGGCAGUUCGUAUAUGAUGAACCUUACCUGAUCCGAACCAUCGAACCGACCCGAAAUUUUUAAUGUUAGCAUCAAAAUAAGUGAACCCAGUAGAAAAAAAUCCUGGAUCCGUUACUGGUAGAGAGUAGUAUCUUAGUGUGUCAACAUGUAUAGAGGAUGUUUCAUAGAUAUGGAUGUAUGUGUAUAUGAUAGUAGUUAGUUAUUGAGCUAUAUAAAUAUGGAUGUAUGUGUGUAUAUAAAUAUGAUAGUAUAUAAAUCUGGAUGUAUGUGUAUAGUAUAGAGUUAACUAGUUAAACCGGUUGAACCACCCGGUACAACCCGGUUCAACUGGUUGAACCAUUUUUUAGCUCAAUCUGGUAUGAUUUAAAAACCGGUUUUUAAAACAUUGGUUUUGGUUGAAGUUUAGUUUGGAUGCUGUUACUUAGGCCUGUCAAAAUUAGUCCGUACACGGCCUUUUUGAGGGUUCUUGAUACGCAACUCAUCUUCAAUUCAAAAAAUCGACACAUCUUCAUUUAGGAGAUGAACACUCACGCCUAAUACGCAACUCGUCUGCAAUCAUCUUCUUCGUUUACAGAUUAGCCAUCAAUUACUGUUUCUGAGAAGAUUUUUGUCUCAGCCUAUGCGAUGGCAGCGUUUGGCGGCAGAUUAAGGUCAAAGAUACAGUUAUCUCUCUUCUCACUGGUCCAUCGCGACAUAACAAGAAUUCCCAUCUUCAAAGACUGCAUUUCUUCAUCUUCUUCUACAAUACAAUUAGCGUUCGACCAACCAACUCGAAGUUUCGAAUAUGUUUGGCAUAGUCAACAACAGUCAUACACUUAUUUUCAGCCUCGCUAUUACCAUGAUGGCAGGCCCAGAGGCUCUCUUUGGAGGGGAAAAAAGUUAAUCGGCAAAGAAGCCCUUUUUGUUAUAUUGGGGUUGAAGAGAGUUAAAGAUGAUGAAGAGAAAUUGGAUAACUUUAUUAAAGUUCAUGUCUCACGGCUCUUGAAGAUGGACAUGGUUGCUGUUCUUAAUGAGCUUGAACGCCAAGAAGAAGUAGAUUUAGCCGUCAAGAUGUUUUGGGUGAUUCAAAAGCAAGACUGGUAUCAGCCGGAUGUAUAUCUAUACAAAGAUUUGAUUAUCUCAUUAUCUAAAUCCAAAAAAAUGGACGAGGCGAUGAAGCUAUGGGAAAGCAUGAAAAAGGAAAAUUUGUAUCCCGAUUCACAAACAUAUACAGAAGUUAUUCGCGGGUUUUUGAGGUUUGGAUCUCCCGGUGACGCAAUGAACAUAUACGAAGACAUGAAACAGUCCCCCGAUCCACCCGAUGAGUUGCCGUUCAGAAUUUUAUUAAAGGGGCUUCUGCCGCAUCCCUUAUUGAGGAACAAGGUUAAACAAGACUUUGAGGAGAUUUUUCCUGAUCAGAGUAUUUAUGACCCUCCAGAAGAGAUUUUUGGAUUGCGUUAAGACGUAAGGUGCCGUAUUUGAUUUUGAAAUUACAUGAAAUUUUUCGUUUCGUUUAAAGAUAAUAUCUUGACAGUUUCUGUUGUGUGUGACUAUUGAGCAUACCAUUUGAACUGUUAUUAGUUAUUUUAGAUAUGCAAGAAUGUAUCAUUCUAGGUUCUCUGUUUUCCUACAUAUACUUUCACAAGCAUAACCUUUGUCAAAAUAGAAAUUUUGCAGUUGAAUAGAUUGUGAGCUGAUAAAUA